GCUCUCGUUGCUACGGAAGCCUUGCUCGUCGCUAAGAGGAAACAAUGGGAACUACUUCCGGGUGAAUAAAGGAAAGCGGUAUCCACGUGAAUUAUCAAAGAGUGCAAACAGGUAAAGUGACUGGCCCUGCAAAAAGACAUUGGGCAGCAGUUCCAGCUCAGCCAAACCCUUGAUGAGCAAGUGGUCUGCUGUAGUGGAGUGGAAAGGGGGGAAAAUGAAGAUGAAGAAAGAGCAGAGUGAGGAGAAAUGUGUAAAGGAGAAGAAACACAAGAAAGUAAAAGCCUCUCUGCUGGAAAACAACAACAUAACUAAUGAAAAUGGGAGCCAAGUUGUUAUAAAAAAAGAAAAGAAGGAGAAGAGGAGUGCAAAAGUAGAUAUUGUUAUAGAUUCAGAAAAGCAGUCUUCGGAUGGAGCUGGUGACAAGGUAGAGAAGAAGAAAAAAAAGAAGAAAACUGCUUCUGAAUCUCUAAAUGGUGUCAAUGGUUCUGAUGCCAAGAAAGGAAAUGACAAUCAAAUCAGUAAAAAGAAGAAGAACAAGCAGGUGGAAAUGGAAGAAUUCAGUUCAGUGAAAGAAGACGAAGAAGCAGAAAAGAAACAGAAGAAAAAGAACAAAGCAAAAAACAAGUCUGAUCAAAUUAAAUCAGUAGAUGGGGAGGAGGAGGAGGAGGAAGAAAAGCCUGGUGUAAAGGAUGGUUUGCAGAAGAAAGCCAAGAAACGAAAAAACACUUUAGUAGAAAGCACAGAGGAGGUUGAGGUGAAAGUUAAAGGGAAGAAAAAGAAAACCAUUGAACCUGUAGAUGGUGACACAAAAAAGUCGAAAGUGGAAAAGAAUGGAGUGAUGUUAAAAACACCAGAGGUAAAAGAUGUGAAGGUGAAAAAUAGAAAGAAGUCAGCUGAUAGUAAAAAAGAUGGAAGUGAAUUAGAAACAAUCAAAAUCAAAUGCAACGCCAAAAAGAGCAAAGAAGCAACAGAAGAAAAUAUGCUCAAAAAAAAGAAAAAGAAAUCUGCAGAGAGUGAGAUCAAUGUUAUAGAGGAGGAAGAAAAGGAGCCAAAGACAAAAGGAAAAAUAGAAAAGCGUAAACAAACUUCUGUGGAGGUUAGUGAACUAGAGGACACAGAGCCAAAGAAGAAGAAGAAGAAAAGGGGAAAGGGAGAGGAGAAAGAAGCAUCAGAACUCAAAUGUGAUGAAGUUCAGGAGCAAAGUAGUGAAACUGCUGGCAAGAAACAAAAGAAGAAGGAGAAAAAUUCCACUGAGGAGGAGAAACCGGUGGAGACUGUUAGGUCUGUAACUGUUGCCAAAAAGAAGAAGAAAGAGAAGAAGAUUAAAGAAGAAGUGGAAGACCAACUUGAAUCACACAACGUCCUUGACGUGGUCUUCCAGUCGGAGAAAAGAAACAGUGAUGAGGUCAACAUCAACCAGGAAAGAAGACAGGCUUUACAAAUGGAAGUCGACAGGGCCUCGCAGCCUCCGGCCAAACCAAUGGGCCUUGGCCAGUGGAGCACCGCAGAGUUCAACAGCUCUGAGAAGCAGCAGAAGUUCCUUCGGUUGAUGGGCGGCUUCAAAAAGGGUUUCCAGCCGGCUACGGGCAGCGGCGGGACAGCAAACAUGGCCCUGGGGAAGGGUGGACAGGAACAGUUGCAGCAAGGGCUUCUGGGAGAGUUUGAACGUGCACAGUCACGUCGGAUGGACUUCAAUAACAGGGGCACAGGACUCGGGUUUACUCCGGCUUCCAAUAAGUUCUCCAUUGACAUCAAUUCAAGUCGAUCGAUUCGUUUUGAUGAUUGAUCCAAAUGUGUUUGUGUGUCGAUGGGUAUGAUCUUGAAAUCAUGUGCGUAUGGUUGUGAAAACGUUUUCAAAAUGCCGGACUAUUAUUCUUAUUGUAGCUGGGCAACAGUUGGACUUAAGAGUUGAUGCAAUUUCAGUGGGUCACAACAACAGUUAGUAUGAAUGUUUAAAAUAUGUUUACCUUAAAAGGUGUUUUUGACAAAUGUAAUUUGCUUUUUAACUUCCAUGAAUAGUUCUGUGAUUUUUUUUCUGUUAUUUGGCAUAUAGUUUGAUUACAAAGUACAAAACAUCCUUUGCAUCAGUGUGGGUAAAAAGAGGAAACUCGCAUCAAUGGCUUUUUAUUUUGCAAACUUCAAGACAGAAUGUAAAUAUGUCUGCUUAUAUAUUGUCGGCUCAUUCAUUUAGUUUGGACAAAACAUGAGGCUCUCUCAAUCAUAUCACCGCCCUCUUAAACUGCUGCGGACAACACUUUGCAGAAGUGGGAAAGGUGUAAGGACAAAUAAGCCUGAGGAAAUGGAUGUUUUUGUUACUUUAUUGUACAAAAUAAAAGUUGACAAUACAUUUCAAAGUGCAGCAUUUUUGGUCAAAUCAGUUUACUUUCAGACCAAUAACAGCCACUUUAAAUCAUUUCUGGUUACAAAUCUGUGUUUGCACCAACUGCUUCAUCCUCAGAGUCACCUGAUCAUCGGCCAUAAUACUUGCAAAACUGAGUCAAUGCUGCCUUUGUGAAACAGAACUUUCUUACACUUUUCAACAUAGUGGACACUCACAAAAUUGCGCAGCUACAAUGUAACUUACUAAGUCAGCCAGGGUUGCCAUCAAGCAAUUGAAAGGCAACUUUAAUAACUAAUGUUGCUGAUGCGUGCACUGAGCUAAAAAUGCCUCUUACAACAGACACUACAUUGUUUAGAAUAUGCCUGACGCUGAUUCAGUGUAUUCUAGCUGGACCAAUCAAAUCAUGUCCAGAGAGCUAUGAAAAAAUAGAAUUAGCCGACAGUACUCACUAAUAAAAUCUUUCAGAAAGCAAAA